AAAUUUGAAAUGGUCGGAGAUGACGAAAUUAGCCGUUCGAAAUCAAAACUGGUCCAAAUCAGGAAGGGAUGGAGACUAUAGAUUUGGGUCUGUGAAUCGUCAUCUCCGAUGAUGGCGGAGCAACAAGUGCGGGAGAAGACGAUCCCUGUGUUCACUGUGCUGAAAAACGACGCCAUUCUCAAGAACAUCUUCGUCGUCAACAGUCGCGAUUUCUCGUCGCCGGAGAGAAACGGUAACGCUGAAGAUGAGGUAGAGCAGAUUCUGAUCGUAGGUCGGCAUCCAGACUGCGAUAUUCUGCUGACGCACCCUAGCAUUAGCAAAUACCACCUGCAGAUCCGAUCUCUUCCCUCUCGUCAGAAACUCUUCGUCACCGAUCUAUCCUCUGUGGAUGGGACAUGGGUUAGGGAUGAGAAAGUUGAGGCAGAUGCUUGCGUUGAGGUGGAGGAAGGUGAUGUCAUUAGGAUCGGUGCUUCAACAAGGCUCUAUAGACUGCAUUGGAUUCCCCUUAGCCAUGCAUAUGAUCUCGACAAUCCAUUUGUUUCAUCUACAGUGAUGGAGCAAGAUGAAGAUAAUAGAAUUUUUGAAGCAGAGUCACAAGCGGACACUGCGUCAGGUGAUGAUGGAGAUGGACAUUUGGAUGUGACUUCUCAAGUCCUUAGUGAGGACGAGGAUACAUACAUUGAUACAAGGGAAUUUUCGUUGCCGCUUGCAUCUCCAAGUGCUUUGACAUUAGCUAGAGAUUCUUCUAUCGAUACACAAAAGCUACAAUCUGAUGAAGAUUCUCAGUCUUUAGCGCAAUGUGCUUUAGAAGCCGCACCAGAAAAGCCAAGUAAGCAGCACAGUUUGGAGGAUGAUGAAUGGUAUGUCAGAGGAGAUGGAGGUCAUGUGAUGUCAGAGAUGGAGUCAUCAGACCCGGAGACAGAGGAUGUUCAGGUUUCACCCGAGUUGGCCAUUAAUAGUGUAGAAGCCAAACCAGAAAAUCCAAGCAAGGAACAGAGACCAGAUGUUCACUGCAUGAGCAGCAAAUCAAAGGUGAAUCAUGAGCCGGUGGCACCAAAGAAGAAAGCUGAAAACUCCUCCUCCCAAAGCCAAUCAUACAUCGAUGCAUCUUCUACUGCAUCAGCAAGAAACAACAUAUCUAUGGGCAUUCAUUCUUCUUCUAAUGGAAAGAACAAGAUGAAGUGGACCAUUGUGUUGGACACUUCUUCUCUCCUCCACAAGGAGUCUAGGAAGCCACUGCGCUUGCUGCAAGGUCUCAAAGGGACACAUCUGGUCGUACCACUAACAGUGUUAAGGGAACUAAAUGAGACUAAGCGCAAUUGGAAUCUUCUCUUAAGAAGAAGAGCAGAGAUUGCUUCCUCAGCCCUGGAUUGGAUCGAAGAGUGUAAGGUUAAUACCAAAUGGUGGAUUCAGCUCCAAAGCCUAUCAGAGGAAACCAAAGCAACUGCUGCACCAACCCCACCAGUAACUCCUCAGUCAAAUGGCUCUACAUCAGACGAUCAAGUUCUCGAAUGUGCACUUCUUUACCGAAACCUUAACAUCUAUGAAAACCUCGUUCUUCUUAGCAAUGAUGUAACUCUCAAGAUCAAAGCCAUGGCAGAGCAUGUGAUUUGCGAGACACCGCAUGAGUUCUACGAGAGUCUGAAGAAUCCGUUGUCGGAGAGGUUUAUGUGGCCAGAGAGUUUGCCGAGAGGAAGGACUUGGAGUCAUUUUGACCACGUCGUGGUGAGAGAAAAGUACAACAACCGAACUUGUUUCCCUUACAGGAAGAAGCCAACGCUCAAUGGUGGACGAGAAGAGAGUGCUGCAGCAGCAGCAAAAGGUUUGAAGCUCAUACUGCUCCUUAACUCUCAUUAUGGCCACAUUCAUUAAUGAUUCAACAUCCAUUGUUGUUCCUUCUUUUCAAGUAAGCCAAAUAAAUUAAACUCGCUUACACAUGGAAUACUUUUUUAGAAUAAUGACAUUUUCCAUAUAAUUAGUACUUUUUUAUUGUGGAAUUGUAUUUGUC